AUGAGAAAUGUUUUAAUUGUGCACGAGAGCAGCAAUCAGUCCAAACUCUCAGACAAUCCCAGACAGUGUAAACUUCAGUCCAAACUCUCAGACAAUCCCAAACUGUGUAAACAUCAGUCCAAACUCUCAGACAAUCCCAGACAGUGUAAACUUCAGUCCAAACUCUCAGACAAUCCCAAACUGUGUAAACUUCAGUCCAAACUCUCAGACAAUCCCAAACAGUGUAAUCAUCAGUCCAAACUCUCAGACAAUCCCAAACUGUGUAAACUUCAGUCCAAACUCUCAGACAAUCCCAAACAGUGUAAACUUCAGUCCAAACUCUCAGACAAUCCCAAACUGUGUAAACUUCAGUCCAAACUCUCAGACAAUCCCAAACAGUGUAAACUUCAGUCCAAACUCUCAGACAAUCCCAAACUGUGUAAACUUCAGUCCAAACUCUCAGACAAUCCCAAACAGUGUAAACUUCAGUCCAAACUCUCAGACAAUCCCAAACUGUGUAAACUUCAGUCCAAACUCUCAGACAAUCCCAAACAGUGUAAACUUCAGUCCAAACUCUCAGACAAUCCCAAACAGUGUAAACUUCAGUCCAAACUCUCAGACAAUCCCAAACUGUGUAAACUUCAGUCCAAACUCUCAGACAAUCCCAAACAGUGUAAACUUCAGUCCAAACUCUCAGACAAUCCCAAACUGUGUAAACUUCAGUCCAAACUCUCAGACAAUCCCAAACAGUGUAAACUUCAGUCCAAACUCUCAGACAAUCCCAAACUGUGUAAACUUCAGUCCAAACUCUCAGACAAUCCCAAACAGUGUAAACUUCAGUCCAAACUCUCAGACAAUCCCAAACAGUGUAAACUUCAGUCCAAACUCUCAGACAAUCCCAAACAGUGUAAACUUCAGUCCAAACUCUCAGACAAUCCCAAACAGACAUGUCGUGUCUGA